UAAUGGUCAAGUGUAUCUCUGGUAACAAUGAAUAUCAUCAUCAGCGCGGUUCUCCUGUGUUUCGCAGUCGCGGCUCAAGCUGCUCCACGAAUCGUCGGAGGCCAGGAUGCUCCCAACGGCAAGUACCCAUACCAGGUAUCACUUCGAGCGCCGUUCCACUUCUGCGGUGGCUCAAUCCUGAACACCCGCUGGAUUUUGACAGCCGCUCACUGCGUCGUUGGACGGUCUGGAAAUGCGCUGACAGUAGUGGCUGGUACCCACUUGCUCUACGGUGGUUCAGAGCAGGCCUUCAAGUCCGAGUACAUCGUGUGGCACGAGAAAUACAACAGUGGUCUCUUCAUCAACGACGUCGGCCUGAUCCGCGUCGACAGGGACAUUGAAUUCAACGAGAAGGUUCAGCCGAUUCCUCUGCCCAACGAAGACUUCUCUAAGGUCGACUACCCUGUCGUUCUCACUGGCUGGGGCAGAACUUGGGCAGGUGGACCAAUUCCCAACAACCUCCAGGAGAUCUAUCUGAAGGUGAUCAGUCAAACCAAGUGCAGCGAUAAAAUGUCGGUAGCCAUCACGGAGUCCCACAUCUGCACCCUGACCAAGGCUGGAGAAGGCGCUUGCCACGGCGACUCUGGUGGUCCUCUUGUCGCUGACGGUAUCCAAGUUGGUAUCGUCUCCUUCGGAAUGCCGUGUGCUCGAGGAAUGCCCGACGUUUUUACCAGAGUUUACACAUUCAUUAACUGGAUCAACGAGAAAAUGGAGCAAUACUAAUGUUGUGUUACUCGCAAGCAUUUUUUUACAGUUUUGUAAAAAUUUUAUUUGAACGAAAUAAAAAAGUUUCAUAGUAUUUAUAAGCUUUAAUAUUUUUACCAGAACCCUUUUUAAUCUUAUUAUAAAAAUUCA